GUUGCUUUGCUCUACCGUCCUGAAAGAAAAGCACAGCAGGACUACAGUAACGAGGUGCAAUUUCUUAGAAAUGUUUAACAAAAAAACAACAAACAACAUAAGGAGUGCGCCAAAAAGGACUUCAACUGAAAGCUACUUCUAAAAUGAGAAAUUAAAUCUUGUUCAUCUGUAAUAGUAUAUCUCUGCUUUCCACCUCACAGCCUCGCUGUGCACACCAACAGUAAUUUCCGACGCGUUCCUGCCCUUGGUUUGGAGCCCAGUGCAACAUUGUCCGUUGCCAACAGCACCAGAGGGACCCAUUUCAUAUUUGGACCUGCGUCGUCGUCUGCUGCUGCUGCUGCUGCUGCUGCUGCUGCUGCUGCUGCUGUGACUGCUCUGACAUUGGCUCAGAUUGAGACUAGGGCGCAAAUUGCCCUCCAGCAGGUUGCCACUCUUGCAACCAUAACUAUUGGCAACCAGUAUCACAACAACGGAUUGUCAGUAGCAUUGCUUCCUCAUCUGGCUCUCCUGAACUUUCAUCAGGUAUAUGCGGUUGGGGCAAACAUUAACAACAAAAUCUACAGAAAAAAUCAACGGAAUCCGUCUUCUGCCAUGUACCACCACCACAACCAGCAACAAGGGCCACCGCCCUUCUCUAAUGGGUCAAGGCCUCCCCAUCAUCAGCCAGCUCAAACUCCACAUGCAAAUCGUUCUCCCUCCAAUAUGUUGUCCAUGGGUUUCCAGUUUCCUCGUCCCACCCAGCUCCCUGCGGAGCUAGAGUCUGCCCUGGCUAUCCGGGGUGCUAGGGACAUGGACCACCGCCUCAUUGACCACACAAACCGACAGAACCAAGGCUCAGGUUCUGGUAUCAGCCAACAUGGAAGCUACGGCUCCAACCAAAUAACACCUACCCCUGAUAAUCAGCCUGACCAUCAGCAAGGAGUAGACUGGUCAAACUACCAACCUCCAUCUAAACUGUUUGCCAGUCCUCCACCUAGUAAUAGCCACCAGUCCCAGCGACACCAGGGGCCUCAACAGCAGCCACAGAGCAGCCAUGCUGGAACAAGCAUGCCAAACUGGAAUACCACUGACUCUGCUUCAUCCACAGCGCGACAUCCCCAUGGUGGCAGGAGUGGUGGCGGUGGGGAUGGUCAGGCUUUGUACACGCCUGAGAGUGCAGGAAGCAUCUUGGCUAGCUUUGGACUUUCUAAUGAGGACUUGGAAGUGCUGAGUCACUACCCAGAUGAUCAGCUUACCCCAGAUACUUUACCAUUCAUACUCCGUGACAUCCAGAUCAACAAGUCAGGCACCCAGAAGACUGUGGCUCCCACAACCUCCUCUGCGUUCUCACGUGGGAUCCAUGAUCCGUCUGCUUCCAACUCUUCAAAAUUGGCGCGUUCACGCUCACCGGAAGUGCCCAGUCUGUUGACUGUUACACAGACAGCAGGUAAAGUCAUCGACUAUGGUCAUGCAAGUCGGGCAAAGGAGGAGAACGAUACCAGAGAAACUUUUAAAAGAGAGCCACUCUCCAGCGAAAGGACAGUUAAAAUGUUCCCAUCUUCAUCAGCCUCAUCGGCUCCAAAAUUAGAAAAAACUGAAAAGCGACAGGUUCGUUUGGAACACAGUGAAUCAAGCAAGCACGGAGACCGGGACUAUCGCAGGGCGGAUAGCGACCAUCGCAAGAGCAAUCGAGCAUCAGGGGGAAGAUUUACACCAUCAUCCAAAUCUCGUAAUCUAAACCAAGACUACAGGCGUGAAGGACCCAAACCUAGGCCCUCACCUGAAACCAAGAACGAAGCUUCCUCGAGGCGGUCUCUCUCCUCUUCAUCUGGCUCCCAACCUCACAGCAGCAGCAGCAGCAAGAAGUUACCUACUCCCAUCAUGAUAAGUGAUUUCUCAGCUGUGUCUCCAAAGGUGUAUCCCCAUACCUGCUCCCUGUGCCACACUCAGUGUGAUCAGGAAAAGGACUGGUUUUACCAUAUAAACACCGUCAACCACACUGCUGCCUGCAGAGACCUGCUCAACAAGUACCCUGACUGGAAACCAAAUCCACCAAGGGGCGGACCACAGGGCAGCUCUCCAUCCCACUCUGUGCCUCGGUCCCUCUCUGGUUCUCCUCCUGCCGGCAGACGCAGGCUCGUGCCCCAUAGACCGCACACCAGGCCAUACACCAGGCCGUACUCGCCUCACCAGCCUCGACACCAACCCUACACAGAGCACAGCUAUCGACCCGGCUCUCGCAGCCCCACUCGAUCACACCAAGUCCCCCCUUUCUUCAGAGAGAACCGGCCUGAAAGGAGAGACAGUCAGGCAUCAGGUAAUGCCUGCAAGAUUUGGAGACAACCAUUUAUUUGUUUGAAAAUGUAUAAACAUAUCCUGGCUUCAUUCAACCUCACCGGGUCCUCCUCGGGGAGAAAACGCGCCUACUUGGGCUCCAGUGAAAAAAAAGAAGAGGUGGACAACAGGACUGAGCUAAAUCGGGCGUGGUAG